GUCGAAGGAAGUCUUAAGGCAAGCCGGAAGCUUUGGGACGUGCCAUGAUUAAGAGGUUUUCUGUCCUGGUCGGGAGGGCUGUAUCAGCCCAUUGUCUUGAUGUUUCAAUAUACGCUCCCCAGCAUGCACGAUACCUGGCUGCUAAACCGGGUAGAGUACAUGGCAAAAGUAAGACGUUUAUCCAGAAACCAGUGAAAUUAGAGAAACAGGAGAAGCAAGAAGUGGAGAUCAAACAAUCUAUGACUGUCUCUCAACUUGCUGAGGCUAUGAACAAAGACAUAGAUCAUGUAUAUGAGGCCAUACUGAGCACAGCUAUAAAUAUCAAUGAUCUGGAACCAGACACUGUGUUGGAGGAGAAGUGGCUAAAAGAGGCUAUAAAGAGGUCUGGGAUGAAGUACAAAUGGGCCAAGAUAGUGGAGAAUGAAGUCAGAGAAAACAAAGACAUCCAGAGACAACCACCACCAGAUCCGGCUAACUUAGUGAACAGACCUCCAGUAGUAACUAUUAUGGGGCAUGUGGAUCAUGGGAAGACAACGCUGCUGGACAGCCUGAGGAAGAGCCAGAUUGCUGUACAAGAGGCUGGAGGCAUCACUCAACACACUGGAGCUUUUCUGGUCCAGCUUCCUUCCGGUGAGCUCAUUACGUUUCUGGACACCCCUGGACAUGCAGCGUUUUCUGCUAUGAGGGCUCGUGGAGCUUUGGUUACCGACAUCAUAAUUCUAGUGGUUGCAGCUGAUGACGGAGUGAUGAAGCAGACCAUCGAGUCCAUACAGCAUGCCAAGAAGGCCAGAGUACCAAUCAUUGUGGCAGUAAAUAAAUGUGAUAAGCCUCAGGCAGAGCCCCAGAAAGUGAAACAAGCUUUGCUGGCCCAUGAUGUUGUGUGUGAAGAGUUUGGAGGAGACAUCCAGGCCAUCCAUUUGUCUGCUUUGAAGGGAGAGAAUCUGAUGGAGCUGGCUGAAGCCAUCGUAGCACUUGCUGAGAUGCUGGAACUGAAAGCUGACCCGAAGGGUUUAGUAGAAGGGACAGUCAUCGAAAGCCAUACAAGCAAGGGCAAAGGACCUGUUACCAUGGCAAUAGUGAAAAGGGGCACUUUAAAGAAGGGCUGCACACUGGUGGCAGGAAAGGCCUGGGCUAAAGUGCGCUUAUUGUUUGAUGAGAACGGACAAACUUUGACAAAUGCAGGCCCUGGUAUUCCUGUGGAGAUUGUUGGCUGGAAGGAACUACCUUCCGUUGGUGAGGAAAUUCUGGAGGUGGAGUCUGAGCAACGGGCUCGGGAGGUAGUGGAGUGGCGCGAAUACAUGGAAGAACAAAACAAGCUGAAGGAGGAUCAGCAAGCCAUCGAGGCCAAGCAGAAGCAACACCAAGAGAGCUAUCAAAAAGACAGGGAGAGACUGGCACAUCUCAACUGGAGACAGAGGAAAGUAGCUCUCUACAAGGCUAACAAACACCAUGUAUCCUCCAGACCCAGUGAGAAAACCAAGGAUGAGGAUCUCAGUCUGAGUCUUAUUGUCAAAGGUGAUGUUGAUGGGUCAGUGGAGGCCAUUUUGAACAUCCUUGAAAGUUAUGAUGCAGAGGAGAAGUGUGGGUUAGACAUAGUGCAUUUUGGUGUUGGGGACAUCUCAGAAAAUGACAUUAACCUGGCAGAAACCUUCUCAGGAACAAUAUACGGUUUCAACAUUGGAGCUAAUAAGUCGAUACAAGACAUGGCUGCCAAGAAGGGCAUUCCCUUAAAGAUGCAUCGUGUCAUCUACCAUCUGAUAGAUGACCUGAAAGAGGAGCUUAGCAGUAAACUACCCCCAGUCACUGAGGAGAAUAUAGUAGGAGAAGCCUCUGUUCUGGCCACAUUCGACGUGACUGUAGGGAAGAAGAAGGUCCCAGUGGCUGGCUGCAGAGUCCAGAAGGGUCAACUGGACAAGAAGAUGAAAUUCCGACUCAUUCGAGGAAGAGAGGUUCUUUGGGAAGGGGCUUUGACUGCACUAAAACAUCAUAAAGAUGAUGUGCAGGUUGUGAAGACCGGCAUGGAGUGCGGACUGUGUUUGGACAAGGUUAUUGACUUUAAACCUGGAGAUGAAAUCGUCUGUUAUGAGGAGACGGAGAAGCAGCAGAGAAUAUCUUGGGAUCCUGGGUUUUAAGAGACUGUCCUGAAAAACUAGUGACAUCGCUGUCAUGUGGUGUUCAAGAUGGAUAUUCUGCCAGAUUAUUGUGUCCCUAUUUUAGGAUGUGACUGGCAAAUUGUGUAAUUUAUUCCGUGAUUAAAAUAAAUGUGUGUAGAAAAAAAGUGGAAAAGGUAUCUAGGAGCAAUCGAACACAAAAAUAAAACAAACCAAAUACAAAAUGAAUGAAAUGCCAUUAUGUAUACUAAAUUAGAAACGACAAAUGCAUAUACUCAUCACUUAUUAUGAUUUAAGUAUAGAAAUGAUCAGGUAAGUGGAAACCUGAUAAUAUAUUCUUUAUACUUAUAAAGAAUAAUCGUAAAUACAGAUGUUCACUUUUUCCCCCCUAUAUCUUCCUAUGAUCGAUUUAAAAAUGUCCACACACACAAAAUAAUUUACCGUAUGUUUUCCUCAACCAUCACAUAUGCAUGAUCUUAAAAUGAUGCAUAUGUGAACAAAUAUUUUGAUUUUGCCCAGAGAUAUUGUACAUUGAGACAAAAAAAGCUGGGAAAGCAUUUAGUAAUGGUGAUUGUUGUAUAUAAAUGUCCCCUAAGGAGCUCAGCUCAGUUGCUGAAAGCAGUUUAUGAACAAGUUUUUUGAGAUCCUGUACAGACUUUAAUAUUCCUAGAUCUUUAAUCAUAUUUAUACUUACAAAUAAUUAUUAGUUAUAUCAGUCUAAUGAAAUGAAGAAAGAUUAAUUGUUAAAUUAUUCCGUCAAUCAAAUUGAUUUUAUAUAUAUAUAUAUAUAGUAUAGCAUGUGUGUAUAUGUGUACACCUGCUGGCCACUUUAAUAGGAACUGUUGUUCCUCUUUCGGCUGCCCCUUGUUUUGGGGUCGCUACAGAGGAUCAUUUGGUCCGCAUAUUUUGAUUUGGCACAGGUUUUUACACCGGAUGCCCUUCCUGAUGCAACCCUCCCAUUUUAUCCUGCUUGCGACCUGCACUGAGAGUUAACUCUUCAGUGGCUGGGUUAGCGCCCUGCCCGCGAAUCGAACCCGGGCUAUGGCAAUGAGAGCACGGGAUCCUGACGCCUUUAAUAGGAAGUAAUAGGAAUAGGAAAUGCAGUUAUAUAAUGCAGCAGCACAAUACAUAAAAUCAUGCAGAUGCAGGUCAAGAGCUUUAGUUAAUGUUUACAUCAAAAGUUUGAUAGGACCACAACUUGAAAUUUUCACCCAGACAUGUUUUGCUGCUUCGUCUGAGAAAACAAGUGUAAUUUUCAAUGGUCUCCU